UCAAACUGCUCGCGAAACUCAGUCACCGUCCCUAUUUGCUUCAACGCCACCAGUGCCUCAUAAGCAGAUCCCUUAUACGAUGGCCUGAAUCUCUUCACUAGCGCUGACUUGAAGGAGCUCCAGGAGGUUAUGGGCGACCGAGACUCAACCCAUUAGUACCAGUUUAAUGCUCGUCCCUCCAUACACACCACCGCUCCCUGCACUUUCUCUUCCUCCUCGUACUUAUUUACUGCAAAAUACCAAUCAGCUCUGAAGAUCCAUCCGAAGGGGUCAUCUCCUUUAAAUAUCGGUAGUUCCAGUUUGCGAAUCUUUUUAUCCUCCUUCUCGUUAUCGUUGCUGGUUUUUCUUUCGGAUUCCUUGUCUGGGUUGGGAUUUGGAUCCCCCGGUGAAGAUGAUGAUUUCUCCUUAUUUCGUUUAUCAUCCCUUUCAUCCCUCAUAUGCAUUAAUUCGCGCAUCUCCGCUAAGUACUCCCUUACACUUCCCAGGUCAGUUUUCAUCGUGUCCAUACUUUCUUUCACUGUUUUCAUUUCUUUUUCCACGUUUUCCAUCCUAUUCUCCAUCUUGGGUUUGACCAUUCCCUACAUGGCUCUGAUACCAAAUUGAUGGGAUCACCAGAAAACCACACCAACUCAAUGAAAUAUUGUUAAUGAGAUUCAGUAAAACAGCUUUAUACUAGAAACAACUGAUAUGUUUAUAUAUUGAUUUGGAUUGACAAACACUGCAAACAGAAAAUAAAAUGACAGAGAAAAGAAAAAGUUGGCUAGCACUUCGAGGGUCUAGCAGCCUCCCUUGAUUCCAGAUUUCAUCCCCAUUAGCUAACCACAUGUUCUCUCUUAAAUAUAGCUGAAAUCAUACUUUCCACACUCCCUUACGUGGAGAUUCUUCCUAACUAAUUCUAAACCGCAUUUCCUUUGCUGCCCCUGUCCAGUGAAUUUCCCAGGCUGCCCUGUUUCUUCUUCUUGUAUACUUUGGUUACAGGGGGCUUAUCAGAUAACAAGCUAGAUGCAUUGGUAACUCCUGGUUCAGAUAUUUCUACUGUUCUUGCAAUUGGUGGAUUCCCAGGAAUUAGUGUCCCUGCUGGAUAUGAUACUAAGGGCGAACCUUUUGGCAUUUGCUUUGGGGGAUUAAAGGGCACAGAGCGAAGCUUAUUGAGAUUGCAUAUGCCUUUGAGCGGGGUACUAAGAUUUGGAAGCCUCCUCCAACUGACAUAGCAAAGAAUUUGAUUGGACUGGCUAAUUAUAAUUUUUGCAAGAAUAUUUAUUCACAAUAUAAUCUUAUUUUAUUAAACCUCGAAGGUGGGAGAAAUUUUUAUAAAUUAAAAAGUGGUGUAACUAUAGAAGAUUUAUGAAAGGAUAGGAACUGGAUGCAAUAGUGAUACCAGGUUCUAGUGCCAUUCCUGUGUUGGCAGUUGGUGGCUACCUGGGGGAUUACUGUUUCAGGAUGCCAAUUGGGAUAUAUUACAGGGGAUUAAAAGGGCACUGAAUGGGAGCCAAUUGAAAUUGCUUGUGCUUUAGAACGAGCUGCUAUGACAAGGGAGUGGAGCUCCAAAUUAUUAGAACUGUAAUAGAAAAUUUUCUUCAGUGGUACUCCAAAUUGUGAUGUUCUUAUAUAUUGCCUUUACCCUUUUUCAUGGUAGGGUUUGGAUUUGUAUCUUACUCGUUUCAAAUAGUGAUGCUUUCCAAGGAUGAAGUCUUGGGUUUGAAUAAAGGGGAACGCACAAUAAAACCCACUAUUUGAGGUGAAUAAAAGACAAAUCACAAAUAUGAACCCUACAAUGAAAUUGGGUAGGGCAAUAGAUAAGAAUGUAACUCUUGAAGUUCCAUCGAGAGAAAUGGGUAUGAGAUAUUACAAUUAGUAUCUGAUCAAAGAAACACAUAGCAAUGUCUGCUCUUUAUCUUAUGGGAGGCAAUCCAAGGGUUCACCCCGAAACCUAUUAUUGCCCCACUGAGAUGACUAACAAUCUUCUCUGAGAUGUUCAUUUGAGUUUUGCGGAAAACUAGGUUUGUACAAAUAAUUCAUAAAUGCUUUCUGCUUUUUUUCUUGAGACACAUGAUAUUUUUCCUAUUCCUUAUGAGACUUAAGCCAUUAUUGGAAUAUGCUUAAAUGAGUGAGUAGACUACUGCCACUGAACAUUGCACUUAAGCCUUAGCAAUUAUUAUGAACCACUAAAUCCCAACACAAGCUGUUUGGUAUUGUCAAAAUAUUAUUAAGAGCACAUUCUAUCAAAAUGUUUAGUUGCUUUACAAAUGAAAACAAUUCUUUAAAAAGCUCCACUGAUAUGAAAGGGGACUUUCAUCGCUUAUCAAUAUUUCUUACUGAAACCAGAGUCCAAUUGGAAGCACCCCUGUUGACUACAUCAGCUAGUCUUUCUUUCCAUCACAGCUCAAGGAUGGCUUCCAAUUCUUCAUCACUGAGCAUCUCUCUUCUUUCGUUACUGCUUUUGAUACUUCUAAUAGUUAGCAGUGCAUUCUCGAUCAAAGAAGCAACCAUAGAAGAGCUUCAGUUCGCUUUCAAGCAAAAUCAACUAACAUCAAGGCAAUUAGUUGAGUUUUACCUUGGAGAAAUCAGCAGACUCAAUCCGGUCCUUAGAGGGGUCAUAGAGGUGAACCCAGAUGCACUAUACCUGGCUGAUAAAGCCGAUCAAGAGCGCAAGGCUGGAGCAGCAAGAUCAAAGCUUGGUUUGCAUGGCGUUCCCAUUUUGGUGAAGGACAAUAUAGCAACCAAAGAUAAGAUGAACACCACAGCUGGCUCAUUCGCGUUGCUGGGCUCUGUCGUGCCUCGCCAUGCAUUUGUGGUCACCAAGUUGAUUCAAGCUGGUGCUAUUAUUUUGGGAAAGGCUAGCAUGACCGAGUGGGCUCAUUUCAGAUCAUAUGAACAACCUGGUGGUUGGUGUGCUAGAAGUGGCCAAGGAAAGAAUCCAUAUGUUCUAUCGGCAGAAACUUGUGGGUCAAGUAGUGGAUCAGCAAUAUCAGUAGCAGCAAAUUUGGCAGCAGGGGCUCUUGGGACCGACACUGCUGGCUCUAUCUUAUGCCCAUCUGGCCUUAACUCAGUUGUUGGAAUCAAACCAACCGUUGGCCUCACCAGCCGAGACGGAGUCAUCCCAAUCUCCCCUAGACAGGACAGCGUUGGGCCAAUUUGCAGGACUGUAGCAGAUGCUGUUUACAUUCUUGAUGCCAUUGUAGGCUUUGAUCACAACGAUAAAGGAACCAGAGAAACAUCAAAAUACAUCCCACCUGGUGGCUACAAACAAUUUCUUAAGCCUUGUGGACUCAAAGGGAAGAUCUUGGGAAUAGCAAGGAAUAUUCCGGUAUCUAAUUAUGCAAACGAGUCUGAUGUCAUUAAAGCUUUUGAGCUCCAUAUUCAAACUCUAAGAGCACAAGGUGCAGUUGUGGUAGACCAUCUGAAAUUAACCAACAUUGAUGGCAUUGUGGAUAUCGUGGGGAGUGGUCAAAUAUUAGCAUUAGCAGCCGAGUUCAAACUGGCCUUGAAUGCAUAUUUAAAGGGAUUAAUUACCUCCCGAGUACGGUCAUUGGCAGAUGUUAUAGCUUUCUACAAGAAAUUCGCAAAAUUGGAAAAGACCAAGGAAUAUGGACAGUCUUUUUUUAUAAUGGCGCAGGCCACAAAUGGAUUUGACAAUGAUGUGAAAGCGGCAUUGUUAAAUUUAACUAAACUUUCUAGAGAUGGUUUCGAGAAGUUGAUGAAGGAGAACAAGUUGGAUGCAGUUGUGACUCCUGGUAUUGACAUGGUCGCUGUUCUUGCAAUUGGUGGAUUCCCAGGAAUUAUUGUCCCUGGAGGAUAUGAUGGUGGGGGUAAACCGUUUGGGAUUUACUUCGGAGGAUUAAAGGGCUCAGAGCCAAAACUUAUAGAGAUUGCAUAUGGCUUAGAGCAGGCUACCAAGAUUAGGAAGCCUCCUUCAUUCAAGCCAUGAAGCUUUAUACAGUAAUAAGAAAAAUAGAUAGAUACAAACCCUGCUGCACACCCCUGAGGAUGCUGAAUAAGUACCAUCUGGAUCUUUAUCACUGUAAACAGUGUGAAAUUUAUUGAUAUAGAAUGGACAAGUUUAAUUC